GUCUUAGUACCAAUAUCAAAUUAGCGGGUACCAAUUACAAGCCACUUGAGUCCAAGACUUCCUCCUUUGGAAUUCUGUUACAGCAUCUUCCCCAGUAAGGAAGUUGGAGAAUAGCACCUGAACCAACACAUCCAUGGUUUGCAGUGCAACACUCAAGAAUUCGGGAUGAAGUUUAUAGCUCGCACUCCUCUUUCCAUGGCGGUUUCGGCUUCCUCUUCCUUCUUUCAUGCUGCUACUUUUGGUAAUACUCUUCCUUUUCUCUCAUUCUUCACUUUCCCUAAUUUCCUAUUGAUUUCCCCCUUUCAAUUUGUUAGUUUCCGACAUUGCUCCCAUAUCCCCUAUCAAUUUGAUGAUGAACGCCAAUUGCUUCUUCAAUCUGUUAGAGAUCAAUCCAAAUUAGGGUUCUCUGAUUUAAAACUCCCUCUUUCACUCUUCCAUCAAUUGACCUCUUUGCGUCCUCUUCCUUCUGUUAUCGUUUUCAAUCAGCUCUUUACUGCCAUGAAUAAAUUGAAGCACCUUCAACCUCAUCCCACCAUCAUUUCUAUCUACAGAGACCUUGAAUUAUCUGGUAUUCGACCCAAUAUGCAUUCCAUGGAUAUUCUCACCAAUUGUUACUGUCAUCUCGGCCGCGUCAAUUUCGGCUUCUCUUGCCUCGGUAAAAGCCUGAAACUUGGCUAUCCCCCCAAUUCUAUUUUAUUAACCACCUUAAUCAACGGCUAUAUCCAGUGUGAUAAGCUCCCUUUAGCUGAGAAAUUGCUAGAUAAAACAAUCAAGUUAGGUUUCCAACCUGAGAUUGUUACCUGCGGUGCUAUGGUCAAAGGCCUUUGCCGAAUAGGCGACAAUGUGAGCGCUCUCAAUUUUCUUAACAAAAUGCAAUCUGGAGGUAUUUGUAAGCCUGACAUUGUAAUAUACAACACUAUAAUUGAUAGUCUCUGUAAGGACAAGCUCUUAAAACAGGGCCUGAACCUGUUCUCCGCUAUGAAAACUCAGGGCAUUCGACCUGAUGUUGUCACUUCUACCUCCUUGGUUCGAGGCCUCUACAAUUCCGGCUGUCCGGAUGAGGCUAAGCGUUUUUUGACUGAGAUGUUGGAGAACAACAUAGCACCGAAUGUUAAGACCUACAGCAUGUUGGUUGACAUGUUAUGUAAAGGCGGGAGUGUUGAUGAAGCACAAGCCAUUCUACACCUUAUGACGGAAAGAGGUGUAACUCCCAACAUCAUUACUUGCAAUGCUUUACUAGAUGGUUAUUGUUUACGUGGUCAGAUGGAAGAUGCAGAAAAGCUAAUUAAGUUCAUGGCCCAAAAUGGGUGUGAGCUUGAUCUUGUAUGUUUCUCUACAAUGAUAAAUGGAUACUGCAAGGCUAGAAACACUGACAUGGCCCUCAACAUAUUCCAAAAAAUGUUACAAAAAGGGAUAACGCUUGAUGUUGUUACCUAUACCACUCUUAUUGAUGGACUGUGCAAAGCAAGUAGGCUCCCACUUGCACUCAAUCUAUUCAAGGAAAUGCAAGCUCACGGUGUUAUUCCAAAUGUUGUUACAUAUAGUUCAUUGGUUGAUGGCCUAUGCAAAAGUGCACGGCUUGAUGAGGCAGUUGCAAUACUCGAAGAUAUGGAGGAUAAAGGUACUAAGCCUAAUAUUUUCACCUACAAUAUCCUAAUGGAUAGCUUGUGUGAGGCUGGAAAGCUUGAUGAUGCAGCAAAUUUGUUCUAUGAUCUUGUACUGAAGGAUCUAAAGCCUAAUAUUAAAACAUACAAUAUCAUGAUCAAAGGCUACUGCAAGAAAGGACUAAUGAAUGAAGCUGAUGAAGUAUUGAGGAAAAUGGAGGAAGUUGGUUGUUUCCCUAAUGAUAUCACCUAUAAUACGAUCAUCCAAGGAUACAUUCGCAAUAAUGACUUGCCGAAAGCAUUAUACUAUUGUGAUCUUAUGGUUAGCAAGGGGUUUGAAGCUGAUGCAAACACUUUCGCAUUAUUUGUUGACCUCUUGUCGUCUGAUAGCUUAAGUGACUCAUCCAAGGCCCUGUUUCAGAAGUUUAUCAAAUGAAUUGAACUCCAAUUUCGCCAGGAUCGGAGAUUUUGGACCUUGGGUACGAAAUUGUUGUUCUUGAGGGAUUUGAAUUCAGAUCACGUCCUUGUUCAUUGCCUUUUUGUCCCAUGAUGGUUGGAAGUUGCUGCAAAAGUUCAUUGAUUGAUGCGAAAUUGAGAUGAUUGCGACCAUGAGGGGUUUUGGAGCUAUGAUACUCUACA